AUGUCACCGGCGGCACCUCCGGCUGUUGAGAAAUCGCCGUUUCAGUCCGAUCUCGACAUCAUUGACGAUCCUGGAGUGCCUUCUGAGAGUAAAAAGUGGAUGUUUGAUGUCUUGUUAAACGACAUCAUUCCUUACCGGUAUCAUGACCACUUCAGAGUCUUCCCCGAGAUUGAGUUCUACAGGACUCUCCUAUACAAUCGGCCUGAUCGUGACGGAAUAUGGGGCCUUGUUGAACGAUUCCAUGAAUGGAUUUCGAGCAUCGCAUUGUCCUCCCCUACUGACGCGGACGAAGCCAUCGAGGCUCUCAAGCAUCGCGCAGCAUUCAACGGCUGGCCGGAAAUGCGAGAGGGACCUCUAGAUUCUGCGAACGAGUCGUUUCACGGAAUUUCUACACAGGAGCAGCGAGAUUCUGAACCUCAUUUGACCACUCCGGCAUGCUCAUCCGCUACUUCACGGGCCCAAAAAGGUGAGAGAGCGGGUUCUCAGUGCCUAACACUACACGAGAAUCAGCAUCCACUCCUGCAGGCCGAAUUGGUUGCUACCCCGACUUUCCAGUUCAAAGGGCUUGUACAGAGUAUGGAUCACUUCAUGGAGCUAGAUAAUGCCUACGAGCGACACACGAAGCGCGCACCUGGCUCAGCCCCCGAAGACGAUAUUUCUUGGCCAGCCUCUUCAGAAAAGCAGCGAGAGUAUGUUCAGCAGCUCUUUGAGAGUAUCACUGAUCUGAGUGAUUUCUUUGAGCUGAGAAAAGCUCGUGAGCGUCUCGGCAAUGUUACCAAUGCUCCACAGGAUCUGGUGACGCCUGAGAACGAAGGGAAUCCUAGGAAGCGUCGAAGGGUACGCAACGGUCAAAAAGUUGACAUCAUACCAGCAAGGCCUAAGGGAAUGAGCAAGACAGAUUGGGCCUUGGUGGAUGCUGAAAGUUCACCUGCAGAUCUUCUCGAAGCGGUCAUCCAUCACCGGAUCUCUGGCAUUGAGGUUGAGCUGCUGUGUUGGAGACUUCUGCGGUCUGCAAUGGAGCAGCAGCAGGGCUUUACAAUGCGCCCUGUCUGGUCUGGUACGAGGACUGUGUCGACGUGGGAACACUUCGACACUUUCUCUGCCAGAUGGCAAUCAAUAUGUAGCAACCUCCAGGAUUGUAAAAUGAUCCUACAUUCUCUGACCCGUGCAGACUGGUUCUGCAAAUAUGCUGGCGCUCCGUCAAAAGAACGAGGGGCAAAAUUGAGUAACGAUCUCCUGAAUGGAAGAAGAGACAUCCAAAAUCAGGUUGGUCGAGAAGUUAUCAAAGAGAAGACUUCUAAGCAAGAUUGGAUCACUACGGAAGAUUUCGAGAUCCGCGACAAGGCCGGCGAGCUCGUGUUAAAGGGUGGACAUUUGGGAGACAGAAAACGCCGAGAGCUUGCCGUCAGAAGCAUUGACGAGCAGAAAUCUUGA